AUGAUAGCUCCUAACCAGUCAGCCUUUGUGAGGGGAAGGAAAAUUGAAGAUAACACCCUCUUGGCUCAAGAGAUUGUUAGAGGUUAUGGUAGGGGUUCCAUCUCACCUAGGUGUGUAAUUAAAGCUGACUUACAGAAAGCAUUUGACUCCUUAAACUGGAAGUUCCUUCUUGCUGUUUUGAAAGAGGUAGAAGAGGUAUCAGGCAGGGGGGAUCCCCUAUCCCCAUACUUGUUUGUAAUGGCCAUAAAUGUGCUCUCCAAACUCUUGGAUGUGGCUGCUUUUGAAAAUUUUUUCCAGUACCACCCUAAGUACAAAAGAGUGAAUUUAACACACUUAUGCUUUGCAGACGAUUUGCUCAUAUUUUGUAAAGGUAAUGUAGACUCAAUAAUUGGGGUGAGUUGUGUUUUGGAAAAAUUUUAUGAGAUGUCAGGGUUGAGACUAAAUGCUUCAAAGACUGAAAUCUUUAUUGCGGGUGCUAAUGAUGAUAUGAGGACUCUCGUGCAUGAGGUUACUGGAUUUAAACUAGGUUGUUUACCUGUUAGGUACCUUGGGGUCCCCCUUGUGCCUAGGAAGCUAACUGAGAAAGAUUGUGUUAGUCUGGUGGAGAAAAUCAAGUUAACAUGCUGGAACAAGGCCUGCAUGUUGCUACUGGUUAAAGAGCUUCUUAUGGCAGAGAUGUCACUUUGGGUUGCUUGGGUGAGAUUUUACGUUUUUAAAGGGGUUGAUCUCUGUUCUGUUGAAAGUAAACCAUCUUUCAAUUGGAGCAUACGUAAAAUCUUGAAGGUUAGAGAGGAAGUGCGACCUCUAUUCUCGGGGAUUGCAGACUGGGGGAAGGUUAAUGCUCAUUGGCUGUGGCAGGAGAUUAGGGGGAUGACAGUGAAGGUGGAAUGGCACAAGGUUGUUUGGUUCCCUAUGCAUAUUCUCAAGCACUCUCUCAUUGCUUGGAUGGCUAUCCUUAACAUAUUACCUACGGCUGACAGACUUAUUCGAAAGUUGCUUGGGGGAUAA